GAACUUGCCAGUUAUUGCUCAUCAGCUCAAAGAAAAAUAGCAGAAUCUCUCAUGGCAAAGGAGGAGGUGGUGAAGGUUUUAGGUUUCUGGGUUAGCCCAUUUGUGCGCAGAGUAGAGUGGGCUCUGAAACUCAAAGGCGUUGAUUACGAGUACAUAGAAGAAGACAUCUUUAACAAGAGCUCUUCGCUUAUUCAGCUAAAUCCCGUCCAUAAGAAGGUCCCUGUACUUAUUCACAACCAGAAAAUAAUCGCUGAGUCCUUCAUUAUCCUCGAGUAUAUCGACGAGACAUGGAAGGACAAGUAUACGUUACUGCCUCAAGAUCCUCAUGAAAGAGCCCAGGCCCGCUUCUGGGCUAAAUUUGCAGAAGAGAAGAUUACGGAAGCUGCAUGGAAUGCCCUGUGCUCCUUUGGAGAUGAAAAAGAAAGAGCAAUAAAAUUGACCAUUGAAGCCCUGCAAAAGAUAGAGGAAGAGCUAAAACUAAAAGGGAAGCAAUUUUUUGGAGGAGAAAGAAUUGGAUAUGUGGACAUUGCUGUAGGAUGGAUCUCUUACUGGUUGCCUGUAUGGGAAGAAGUUGGAUCUAUGAAGAUCCUCGAGAGCCAGCAAUUUCCAGCAAUUUCUUCAUGGAUGCACAGAUUUAUCAACCAUCCUUUGAUCAAGGACAAUUUGCCUCCCAGGGAUAAGAUGGUUGUUUACUUCAAGGGUCGCCGAGACGUACUAACUUCUGAGCCUCAUGGGUGGCUUCGGAUUUAAUGAAUAUCUUUCCUUGUGGGAGAUUAUUAGAUGCAUAUUUUUCCUUGUGGGAGGUUAUUAGAUGCACCAAUUGCAUAUGCAUCAUCUUUUAUAAUCAGGUGGGAUGUACUAUUCAUAGAAAAGUUCUUGUAUGCACGUGGAUGUAUAUAUACUCAAUCAAUAAAAAAUUAAUAAACUAUUAUUUUAA